AUGCCUGGUGGAGAGAACGAAGAACCAAUUUUCCAAGUACUUCAGACUCUUCAGAAUUCUGUUUACUUUCCACCAAAUGUAUUAGGACCAAUACUUCUUGCUGGAAAGUAUUGCAAUUCUCAAGCUCUUCGCCGCUAUACAGAAUUAAUUUUAAAACACUUGGUUACGUCACUGAACCAUGAAUUGUUGAGUUCGAAAUUUGGAUCAAGCUCCUCAUCAGAUGAAGUCCAAAUUGUUCCUGACAAAGAAACAGAUGAAAGAGGAAAAAUUUUAAUUCGUCUUUUGCCUUUAAUUGACAAAACAGCACUCGGACCAACUUUCUGCACAAUCAUUGAAUGCUUAAAUAAGAUCCCAAUUAGCUUUGCUAUCAAACUUAACGACAUUAAUCCGUAUACUUUCUUAUCUGUAUUUAGCACAGAUAAGGCUCGACAAAAAAUAUUCCAAUUAUGCCCUCCAUUGUUUGAAAAGAUCGUAAUUACCAUUAUCGGACCAUUUUCUCAAGAUUUAGUUGUUCUUGACUCUCUCAUCUUUUCUUCCUACUUAGAAUUCACACAAACAAUUGAUAAACCAUUCUCCGAGCGUCUUGAUGCAGUCCAUACUCGUCUCUGCGAUGAGUGCGCUUCAAAAUUAGACGAUCUCUGCAAAGAUUCAAAUGAAUUAUACCAAAGAGUCUUUGUUAUAUUAUCAGAUAUCUGGGCUAAAACAGGAAAUCCUCUUUUUGCAGCUCUUCAAAUCGAACUUUCAAAUCUCAGAUCAAAAAGAGGUUUAAGAUUAGAUACAAUACCUAAAACCGUUUACGAUUUCAUCUGUGGUAUAUCUAUUCGUCCUCUCAAUUACGAAUUUACAAGAAACGACUACAUUUACGUUGAAGAUACAUUAUUCAAGUGCAAGAUCCUCAAUUUCGUCUCCCAAGGUAUCAUAAACAAUAGUGCUGCCAAUAAAUUCCCUGCUGAUGACCCAAUCUUAACAACUUACAUUCAAUUUUUAUUACCUAAUAUUAAUAACGACGAUAGACUCGAUUUACUUAACUAUUUCGCAGCAUUCGCAGCAGUUAUUAAGUUUGACAUCGAAAUUGAGUACGAAAAUUGCAUUUCUGAUAUUUAUAAGACAAUUAAACGCGUAAACAACCAAGUUUUCACAUAUACAGCACUUCUCAUUGCAUUUAGAAUGAAUGAGAAGACUCUUGUCCCAGUCAGAGACCUCAUUGUUAAGAUUUUCCAAGAUAUAGAUUUAGUUCGCAGCAAAGACCUCUUUACCGGCUAUGUAAUAAUGAGAUCACUCGUGGUCAACGAUAACUACGACCGAUCAAUGCUUAUUUUCACUUGGUGCGAUGAUGUCAUCAAAGUUUUGUUGUCUUGGUGUAUUGAUGACCCAGAAUUCAGCACUUUGUUCGUAUUAUUCCUCAAGGAGAUAGAAUCAAAGAAUAGUUUCCUGUUUGCUGAUAAAACAAAACAAUAUAUGACAGAAUACGUUGAUAUUAUGUCUAAUCUUCAUAUAUCGUUCAACCAGGAUAGCCCUAUGUAUACUCCUUAUAUGGAACUUACCUCAAAAUAUUUGUAA